UUGACUUUGAAGUCAAAUAGGCCUCGUGUCGAAAUUCCAACUUCUCGGCCAGGCCACACUCAAGCCGGAGAUGCCUCCGAAACCCAAGCAUCGCGACGUAGCCGGCUUUCUCAGCCGGGUGCGCAACUUCCUGCUGGGCCGCACCCACAAGACGGCCCAUCGCUUCGCGGACAUGGUCUCUCCGCGCACUCAGCCGCCCCCAAACAUCCCUAGUGGUCCUACCCAGAGUCUGUUCGCCAACUACUACUACACCAGGGAUCCUCGGCGCUUGGUGAAGCCCUUCGUCGACGUGGUGCAGGAGCACAAGAAGAUGCUCACCGCCAAGGUGAAGGAGGAGGAAGCAGCCAAAAAGGCUCAGGCCAAGUCUGGAGAUGCGCCGAAAGAUGGUAGCCCCAUUCCACCUGUCGGGCCCAAGACUACUGAUACAAAUGAAUGCGAUGAAGGCAAUUCCGGCGCGAAGAAGCUCCCGACUCCAGGAAAGGUGCAUUCUUGGGAGGGGCCACAUUAACCUGUUCAAUACCCUCCUUAUUCAGAAACUCUUUAGUGUUCAUUGCUUAUUCCAUUUCGAAUGCACUUUGCAGGCAGUCGUAAAAAUGUAAAUCUAAUUAGACGUCAAGGGUGAAAAUCAUUAUUGCACCUGCAUGAAAAUUUAAUUAAGCACACACAAUUAUCGAAGUUACAAGCUGGAAAGGCGCAAAUCGAGGUCCAACGGGUUUGUUACAGGCCACAACAAUAAAUUUGCAUGCUUAAUAACGUUU